AUGACUCUAAAUAGAGAAGAAGAGGCUCCGACUAACGAUGCUCUCACGGCAAAAAUUAUUACCAUGGUGUGCUUAUUUUCUAUAUCUAUGGUAGUGGGCUGUUUGCCUUUCCUCUUAUCCUUAAAAUUUAACUGGUUCAAAAGCGAUGGGAAUCUUCGGAACUCUAAUAAAGUGGUGAUGGGUUUAUUGUCGUUUGGAGGAGGAGUACUGUUCGCGACUACUUUCAUGCAUCUGUUACCUGAAGUUGAUGAAAAUAUUGAGCUGUUACAAGAAUCCGGAGAGUUUCCCGAAGGCCACAUAUUCUUCGCCGGUAUCAUAAUGUGCAGUGGAUUCUUUAUGAUGUACUUAAUAGAAGAGCUAGUGCAUUUGUACAUUAAUAAUCGAGCGAAGAAAAAGACUGAUUCAAAUUUUAUUAAGCCAUUCCAUGUGAGAAAAGAUUCUACGGCUGUCGCAGAGCCCGAGGCAAAGGAAAAUGAUGUCGAGAAUCAUACACAUAAAGGCCACUGCCAUAGUGCUGUCGUGAAGGGCGAGGAUGGUGAACAGUCAGCUUUGAGGGGCCUGCUGAUCGUGCUGGCGCUGUCAAUCCACGAGUUGUUUGAAGGACUUGCUGUCGGUUUGGAAUCCUCUGUUGCAAAUGUUUGGUACAUGUUUGGAGCAGUGUCAGCCCACAAGUACAUAAUCGGGUUCUGCAUCGGUGUGGAGCUCGUAGCAGCAGGCACGAAGCGGUGGUUGUCCAUUGUGUACGUGUUUACGUACUCUUUCAUGUCAGCUUUGGGUAUCGCCAUUGGUAUUCUAAUGGUUGGCGGCGCAGGUGCAGCUGAAGCGGGCAUUUAUUCUGUUAUUUUACAAGGAAUUGCUUGUGGUACAUUAAUGUACGUAGUGUUCUUCGAAGUGUGGAAGAAUAACAGCGGACUUUUGGAGUUCACUUGCGGGUUCAUCGGCUUCGUUGUCAUGGUUCUUAUUUCGUUCACCAUUGAAACUGUUCUUGAUUUGUGA